AUUUUAACAUUGAAUUGUUACAUUUUUCAUUAUUUUCUUGUUCACUAUUAUAGAUUUCACAUUUUUUUGCAUUAACAAUGGGCAAUACUUCUUCCUUGUUGACUCAAUAUGACAUUGAAGAAGUUCAAGAACACUGUAAUAACACAUUUUCACAGCAGGAAAUUCUUUCAUUGUACCAAAGGUUUUGUCAACUGGAUAGAAAUGGAUGUGGAUUUAUCUCUGGAGAAGAGUUUCUUUCAGUGCCUGAAUUUGCUGUCAAUCCUCUUUCUCAGAGGCUAUUAAGGAUGAUAGAUGGUUUAAAUUUCAAAGAAUUUGUGGCGUUCUUAUCAGCGUUUAGUGCUCAUGCCAGCUUGCAACAAAAGGUUGAAUUUAUUUUUAGAGUUUAUGAUUCUGAUGGGAAUGGAAAGGUGACGUUCAAUGAUAUGCUGGAGGUCUUGCAAGAUUUGACUGGAUCGUUUAUAUCCGAGGUUCAAAGAGAGCAAGUUUUGACGAGUGUUCUCGAGGAAGCAGGAUACAGCAAGGAUUCUUUACUCGUCCAAUCGGACUUCCUGAAGAUUCUUGGCAGCUCUGGUCUGAAGAUGGAAGUUGAAAUUCCAGUAGAUUGAAUUAGCAUGUAAUUGUACCACCCUAAGAGUUAAAAACAAAAGUUCCUUUUCAACUGUUUGAUUUAAUAUAUUGCCUGUUAUGAAUUAUGAUGAGUAUGUGUGUAAUUCAUGUUAUUGUUCACAUCAUAAUGGUUGGAAGUUUACACUAUAUUGCAACCA